GAUUACGUAAUCGCUACGCGCCGGCUGGAGGGCAGGUUCAAGAUGGCGGCGGGUCCACUCCGAGGUUUUGUCCGGUGUGUGUGGCGGCUGGAAGCCGGCCGGUUGUCGGCACCUCCACAACGAGGCUUCCGGUCGUCUGGGCCUGCUGCUGUUCAGGUACGGGAGGUCGAGCGAAUUGUUAAGGAAAGAUUAAGAACCCAUAUAACCUUAGCGGCUCACUCAAGAUCUGUUGGCCACUGUCUCGAAGCAGCUGCUGUCCUUGCCAAAGAUGGAGUGGAAUGUGAGGUUAUAAACCUUCGUAGUAUUCGGCCGUUGGAUAUUGAAACUAUUGAAACUAGCAUCAUGAAGACCAAUAAUUUUGUAACGGUAGAAGGUGGCUGGCCCCAGUUUGGGGUGGGAGCUGAAAUCUGUGCCAGAAUUAUGGAAGGUCCUGCUUUCAAUCAUCUGGAUGCACCCGUGGUUCGUGUCACAGGUGCCGAUGUGCCAAUGCCUUAUGCAAAGAUCUUGGAGGAAAACUGCAUACCCCAAGUAAAGGACAUAAUAGUUGCUGUGAAAAAGACGCUCAAUGUCUAGAUCUUGUGUGAAAAUUCUGUUCGGGAAUUUAUCUUU